AUGAAUUACGCUGAAACAUACCUGCUACGCCAGACGCAGCUGGAAGCCUAUCCAGAUGAAGUCGCUCUUCUCCAACUAUCGCAAACUGAACCGAAGCUAUCCAGAACACCAUUGCCUAAGACCAGCCCACUACACCAAAAAUCACCGUGGCUGGACCAGAAUGGAAUUCUGCGGAUGCGAGGCCGCAUCGCCAGCUGCGACUAUGCUACCGAAGACGCUAAACAUCCUGUUAUCCUUCCCCGUGACCACCCUACCACCAAAUUGAUCAUAGCACAUUUCCACCAAAAAUUCCACCACCAAAACUAUGAGACCGUAAUCAACGAAAUUCGACAAAAGUACAGUGUUCCGAAGCUUCGGACUGCUUUCGCCAAUGUUCGAAAGAGCUGCCAACGCUGCAAGCAUCACCGUGCCAAUCCAAGAGUUCCAAUAAUGGCCGAUCUACCAGCAGCCCGACUUGAUGCUUUCGCGCGCCCCUUUACUCACGUUGGGAUAGAUUUCUUCGGACCAUACGAGAUCGUCAUUGGCCGUAGGGCAGAAAAGCGUUGGGGUAUGCUGGCUACCUGCCUCACGACCCGUGCAAUCCACAUUGAAGUCGCCCAUUCUCUCAGCACUGAUUCGUGUGUUAUGGCACUGCGAAACCUUAUUUCGAGAAGAGGGAAACCAAGAACUAUCCAUAGCGAUCGAGGGACGAAUUUCGUUGGAGCGAACCGAGAGUUGACCGAAGCGAAAUACUCCGUCGACCAAGCAGAACUCAUGAAAGAAUUCGUGGACGCAGACACCAGCUGGCAUUUACUUCCCCCUUCGUCACCACACAUGGGUGGCAGUUGGGAACGCCUAAUCGGCAGCGUCAAGAGAAACCUUAUGGCAAUUUUACCAACGAGAAGAUUGUCAGAUGAAGUUCUACGAAACAUGCUCACCGAAGUAGAGAACACCGUCAACUCCCGACCAUUGACCUACGUUCCCGUAGAUGAUGAGUCCGCUCCUGCCCUAACGCCCAACCACUUUUUGAUUGGGUCAUCUAAUGGAGUGAAACCGCUCUGCACUAUCGAUGACAGUGGCGAAGCAUUACGACAGUGCUGGCGGCUAUCUCAAGUCCAGGCCAAUCGGUUUUGGAAGCGAUGGAUCAACGAUUAUCUCCCUGAAAUAACUCGCCGCACAAAGUGGUUCACCGAUACCAAACCAAUACAGGACAAUGACGUGAUCUGCGACAGUGCGGACAUCGACUGGUACUUAUGA